AUGGCAGCAUUAAACUCAGUAAAUACUCUGUUCUUUAGAAUAGUGUUUCUUCUUACCAUUUCCUUCUUUUGUUUCAAAGACAUCAAUGUCAUUUUGGAGAACUCAUAUUUCCAAACUUUCACUGAUGCGAUGAAUUUGCCAUCGUUGACUUUAUCAAAGUAUAAUGCACAACUAGGAUUAUUUGGUGUAUUAUUUGCAUAUUUGGCUCUCUUAGACUUUAUUCCAUUAUUAGAAAACAACACUAUGUACUUUUAUUCCAUCGUACCUGUGAGAAUGUUGUUGUUUUUUGUUUUUACUACAUUGUCGUACAUGUGGGAAAGUAACCUAUAUUUGCACAACAAUUCUGUUUUUGUUUACUCAUUUUCUGAGGUUUGGAUCAAUUUUAUUAUUUACAGUGCAUUAAGAGAGGAGAAAAACAACGAAGUGAAUCAAAGAAGUAAAUUCAUUAAUGAGGAAUUCCUCACUGAAGAUGAACCUUUUGAAUCAAAGAAAGAGCAUUCUGAAGUAUUACCUGUUGAAGAACAUAGUGAUUGA